UACAGAUAGCCACAGGUUGCUCUUGGAGUGCAGCGCAGCACAGGUGUGACUGCAAAUGAAUGAGAGUGACUCUGCCUGUUAAUCAUCAGCCUGGCACAGGCAUAAAUUCCAGCCUUUUUUUCUUAGACAUUUGACUGAAGCUUUGUCUGCUUGUGCAUGGAUACCAGCUUCAUUUUAGGAGCUCUUUUGGACUUUCUGAAUUAGAUCCGAUUAGUUAUAAUAAGGCAGAUUUUAACUGUGCAUUCACCAACAGUCAGCACAAUGAAUUUUGAUGAAAUCCUCUCUGUUAUCGGAGGCUUUGGGAAGUUCCAGAAGAUCUUAUAUGUUUGGAUCUGUCUACCUCAGAUCUUUCUGGCAUUCCACAUGCUGGUCUCAGUCUUCACCGGGGCAGUCCCUCCUCAUUUAUGCCGCUUUCCCGGGCUCUCAGUGGGGACUCCAGCCUCUUCAAACUUCAGCCUUCUAACCACUCCUGAUGGACAACCUGACCUGUCCUGCACCGUCCCUUUAAACCACACCAGUGCUGAAUCUCUUGGCAAUGGACAUCCUACUGUGAGCUGCCAGGAGGGCUGGGAGUACAGCACGGAGACAUUUCAAAACACUAUAGUAACUGAGUGGGACCUGGUGUGCGAUAAUGCCAGCCUGAACAAUGUGGGCUCGUCUAUCUACAUGUUUGGCCUUCUUGUUGGAGCGGUUGUGUUUGGACACUUGGCUGAUAAAUACGGUCGCAGGAUAAUUAUCCUUGUCAACCUGGCUAGCCAGGCUAUCUUUGGUGUCGCUGCUGCUUUCGCACCUAAUUUCUACAUCUACACUGCCCUUCGCUUUAUGGUUGGAACAUCCAUCUCUGGUGUUAUCAUGAAUGCCUUUGUCCUUGGCACAGAAUGGACCGGCUCAAAACAGAGGAUGUUGGCGGGUAUAAUCACGGACUACUUCUUUGGCUUUGGCUACAUUUUUCUGGCCGGUGUGGCAUAUCUCAUAAGAGACUGGCGUAAACUGCAGUUGGCUAUAUCCGCACCUGGCUUCCUCUUUAUUUUCUACAUCUGGGUUUUGCCAAAGUCUGCUCGCUGGUUAAUGGCCAAUGACAGGACAGAAGAAGCAUGGAAACUGAUCCAGAAGGCAGCACAGAUAAACGGAAAGCCCCUCAUUAAAGACCUGGAGAUGUGUCAGCAGGUCUGUAAAACUGAAGAGAAAACUGUGGCGAAGAACAAACACUCGUUCCUUGACCUUGUUCGAACACCAAGAAUGAGGAAGCACUCUCUGAUUGUCUUUUACCUGUGGUUUGUCAAUGUCCUUGUGUACUAUGGCCUGUCCCUCAACAUUUCUGACUUUGGAAUGAAUAUAUACCUGACUCAGAUGAUUUUUGGUCUGGUCGAGAUGCCUGCGCGCACAAUCACCCUGUUCACCCUGAACCGCUCCCGUAAGAUCUCCCAGCUAGCUUUCUUAGCAGUUGGAGGCACUGCCUGUCUGCUCACCAUCUUCAUCCCCGAUGAUUUGUCUGUCGUCAGAACAGUCUUGGCCAUGAUUGGAAAGUUUGGAAUCACAGCCUCUCUGUCUAUUAUUUAUGUGUAUUCUGCUGAGGUGUUCCCCACUGUUAUAAGACAAAAUGGGAUUGGUAUAGGCUCUAUGUGUGCUCGCACUGGUGGUGUCCUGGCUCCCAUGAUGUACCUUCUGAGGGGGAUCAGUCCUCAGGCUCCCAUGGUUCUGUGUGGCCUCUGCCCCCUGUUGGGUUCAGCCCUCACAAUGCUGCUUCCUGAAACAGCCAACAGGCCCCUACCUGAUAGCAUUGAAGACGUUGAGGGAUCCAAUCACAGUGAGGAGGACAGCUGUCUGAAGCCAGCCAUCUUCAACACUUCUAUGAAGAACAUCAACAUCUGCAACACCAGUAUGGACUGAAACACAACCACAGACCACAGACAGUCUGUGUGUUUUCUAUGACUGGUCUAGUCUAUGCUUCCAGUGGAAGUCAUGAUGAGACUUAGGUCUUGUAAGUCACCCUAACUCUGAAGAUUUAUAUCACAGUUUUUAUUUCAUUUGUUUUCAAAUACAUUUCUAGGUCAAUGUGUUAUAUUAGAUUUUUUUGUUGUUUUGAUAUGGUCUCACCAAGUGUUAUACAUUGUAAGGGUUUAUUCUGAAAUCCAUUUGGAGUCCUUAACAAGACACUGGUGCCAUGGCAGAUGCACUCAAUGAAAGAUUUGAACAGUCACAGCACCUGUUUGCUACAUUAAAGCAUACCUGAAUAUUUCUGCUAAAGUUUUUUGAACAGACUUUCAUAUUACAUGAGUGUGACUGUGAGCACAUACUGCUUGGAACAUGCUAUUGAGAGAUAUAUGGUUUUGGACUUACAGUCUAGAAACUAUUUACACUGCUUCACUUGUUCCACAUUUUGUCAUGUCACAUCCUUAUUCCAAAAUGGAUUAAAUUAAUUUUUCACCUCAGAAUUCAAAAGCAAAGCGACAAAUUGAAGUUUGCUUGAAUUUCUUGUAAAUGUAUUAAAAGUAAAAAAAACAUAAAUAAAACAUGUCAAUAGGUAUCCAGCUCAGUACUUUGUUGAAGCACCUUUGGCAACAGUUACAUCCUCAAGUCUUUUUGAGUAUGAUGCUACAAGCUUGGGGCAGCUUUUUUGAGCAGUUUCUCCAAUUCUUCUAUGCAGAACCUCCAUCAAGUCAACUGGGGAGUUUCUCUGCACAAUUAUUUUCAGAUCUCUCCAGAGAUGUCCAAUCGGGCUCGAGUCUGGACUCUGGCUGUGCCACUCAAAGACAUUCACAGAGUUGUCCCAAAGCCACUCCUUUGUUAUCUCAGCUGUGUUCUGGAUGUUCUCCUACCUGCUCAAAGCAAGUUGCUGCCACUACCAUGCAUCACUGUAGGGAUGGCAUUGGCUAGGUGAUAAGCUAGUGUGGUUUCCUCUGGACAUAAUAUUUGGCUUUUAGUUCAAUCCUUGUUUCAGCAGACCAGAGAAUUUUGUUUCUAGUGGUCUAAUUUGGCAAACUCAAAGCAGGCUGUCAUGUGCAUUUUGCUGAGGAGUGACAGGUCUUUCAGGUCUCCAUAGGUGUAACUUUUUCAUUAUAGGGUAUUGUGUGUAAAAUUCUGAGGUGAAAAAUGAGUUUUGGAAUAAAACUGUAAAAUUACAAAUGUGGAACAAGAGGAGCACAGGAUGCACAGUAAAACUGCAUUAAUGCAUUAUGGUUUUUUGUUUGGUUAUGUUGUGGCAGCUCAGCAAGGUGUGAAUGCAACGCUAACAUGGCAUUACCUCCAAAACUGUUAGCAAACAGUUGCUUGUUUAUACUGAUAUAAAGUAAUAUUGGCAUUGUUAGCACAUUAGCAAUUAAUUACAUCUGCUUGGUGAAUUCCCAAUAUCCAAAAAGAGACUAAAAGACACUGUAGAGCAUGGAUGGGCUAUGAAAUAGCAUGAAUUCAUGGGUUUAUCUCUAUAAGUGGUCUGUUUUUGGUCUGGUCUUUGGUCUGCAGUUUUAAUUAUUGCUGCGUACAUAUCCAGGCACGUAUGUUAACUUACUUUAACAUUGUUUUGUCUUGGUGAAGUGAAUGCUACAGUAUGCAGUCAAUUUUUUGAACAGUGUUCUAACAGUCUUUUAUAAGCAGUUUGCACAAAGCCAGUUUCAUUUAAAAACAAAAAUCCUAGUUUGCUAUGGAAAAAGUAGUGCUAGUCUAUGGUCAGUGUCUUCACAGAAUAAUGGUGUGGGAAGUGUGGGAAUGGGUGAUAUUAAACUGCACUCAUGUUUACAGUAAGAAGCAACAGCAGCAGCAGCUGUGUUUGAGGAAACACUGACACUUACUGGUGAACAGUGAGUGUCACAUCGGUUCUGACAACUCGGUGACAAAUACUUGAAACACAAUAUUCAAACAUUGAAAUGUUUUGUAAGGCUCUUACAUGCAUUUAUAUACAGCUGCAUUGUUUUUGUAUAUUUUUGUAUUAUUUUGACUUUGCAGAAGAGAAGUCUGAAUGAAACUGUUAUGUUUUUUACUGACUUUCUUUGUACAAUAAACGUUUGGGGAAUUUA